AUGACGAACUAUAACAAAGAAUCCUAUUUCAAGAUCAGUAUUAUUACCUUGCUUUUUUGUUCAAUCAGUCCAUACAUAUUUUGUUCAAUAAAUGCUUUUUCUUUGUCCCAAAUUGCGAAAUUUAGAUUAAAUAGACUGCAUACAAUGAAAUUUCAAAAUCUAACAUUUAAAAAUGCAUCAUCCUAUAAAGAGUCAAAAGAUUAUUCAAUUUUAGAUUGCGUUUUCAAAAAUAUUCAUGUCAAUUCUUCGUCACCACUUGAAAUCGUUUUAUCAAAUGCGGAAUUUAAAUUAGCAAGAUCAGGGUUCCUCAAGUGCAGUUCAGAAACAUCUUCUGGAGCUUUAUUUUUAAAUUCAUUUACAUAUAUAGUAGAAGAAUCAUGCUUUUUCUCAUGUUUCUCUCAUUCACGCGGACAGGCAUUAUCCCUACAAUUGUCGUCAAUCGAUUACUGCAUGUUUUCGAAAAAUUCGAUUUCUAAUUGCGAUCCAGGCAAAUAUAAAGGUGCAGAUGUUACUUUUCUUAUAAAUGAUGGAUCCCAUCAAAUAUCAUACUUAAACAGCACGAAAAACAACAUUUUCGAUAUCGAAGCUUGUCUUUGUUGUUUAAACCCGAGGAACCUCAAUAUACAUUAUUCUAACUUCGCCAAAAACGACAGUUUUAAUUUAAUUUGGCUUUUUGGCACUUUUUCCAAAGAUUCUUUUUCUGCUUGCAAUAUAAUACAAAAUACAUCGCCAAAAGAUAACUCAACGAGCAUAUUUGCUGUUGAGAAAGGAAAUAUCACGCUUUCUGGCAUUGUUUUCUUGAAAAAUAAUUUUGAUACUUAUUUUUUGAUGGGAGACUAUGCUUUUAGCCUCUGCGUGUUCGAUGUUAAGAAUUCUUCAUCGUUAUAUAGUUCCGCAACCGCAACAUUUGAAAAUUGCGUUUUUGCAUUACCAAAAGCGAAUUCUCGCCAAAUUCCAACAAAUAACCAAUAUAAAUGCUUUGCAUUAGGUGCUCCUGAACCAAAGGAACAAUUUCCUAUUCAAGAAUCGUUAGAAUUUGACGAUUCUUCUGGAAUUGGCCUAUUUUGUGUUAUAGUUGGAGUCGGAAUCACUACAGGAGUCAUUGGAUUCUAUGGGUUCAAGCUUACUUUUAAGGAAGAUGAAGAAGAACUCACAGAAGAUAUGAAAUCAACUUAA